ACUUUCAAAAACUGCAGUUUGUUGAGAUGCCACACGUGCUUUUAUUCUGAAGGUUACAUUGUAUUACUUCCGCUUUCUAUUGGACCAACUUGACACAACAAGGUAGCAAGGAGCUAUAUCGAUGGGACGCUGGUGCUCAGGGGAACCAACCGCAGUUGAGGGUGUUAGCAUAGCUAAUGUAGCCUGCUAGCAUGUCAUUUGCUGUUGUAGGUUUUCCAGCAUGUUAAUAGGGGCAGCUUAACCGCAACACAUUGCAGCAAGUCUCCUGUCUGACUCUGUAGAGGUCCAGCCGAGCUGAACUCCGCGGAGCCAUGCGACAGUGGUGUGUCCCCGCUGCGACCCCUCGCACUGAACCACUCCCGGGGCGCCUGUCCGUGUCACCCCCUCCGUCAGAUGCCAGGAUGGAGUGCUGCGAGGCGGAGCCCCGCUACACCAUCGAACAGAUCGACCUCCUGCAGCGCCUGCGUCUGUCCGGCAUGACCAAACCUCAGAUCCUCCACGCUCUGGAGUCCCUGGAGAGGCUGGACCCGGACCACCGCCCGGACCACCGCCCGUCACACAGCGACUCUCAGCCCGCCCCGUCCAACAACGCCCCCGCCGCGGCCGCCCCGGCCCCGUCCUCGUCUUCGUCCUCGUCCUCCUCGCUCUCCCUGGCCUCCGCCACCACGCAGACCUCCGGCCUGGACGGCGCCGCCCUGUCGCCCAGCAACAGCUACGAGGCCUCGCCCCCGCCCCUCUACCCCCCCAGCGUGGCUGUCCAGCGCUCGUUCAGCUACGACAUGAUGGGGGAGGAGGAGUGGGACCUGGAGGAGAAGGUGGAGGAGUACAUGAGGAGAGACAGCAACCUGGUCAAAGAAGAGAUCAAAACCUUUCUCAACAAUCGCAGGAUCUCUCAGGCAAUCGUAGGCCAAGUUACAGGCAUCAGCCAGAGUUACAUCUCCCAGUGGCUGCUGCAGCAAGGCCUGGAGAUGAGCGACUCCAAACGCCGAGCCUUCUACCGCUGGUACCUGCUAGAGAGGAAUAACCCAGGGCUGAGCUGGAGUGAAAGCCAGCACAGCGUGAGUCCCAUGCCCAGGGCCAGGGGAGGGGACAGAGACGGGACGGUAGCAGGGGCAAGUGGCAGCCUCCCCAACCCCAACACCAACCUCAACCCCAACCCCAAUCCAGUGUGGAGCAGGCAGAGAGAGCUGCUGAUGCACUUGCUGCCGUGGUACGCUGCUGCAGCCGCCCAGGCCCAGCCAGGGGCCACCUUAUCAAUGCGGUCUCUGGUGAAGGAGGAACCCGACUGGAGGUCAGGGAUCAUGGCGGGCGACAGAGCGGGGAUGGUGGCUGGGCCUCUGAGGCUGCGUAGAGGAAGCAGGUUCACCUGGAGGAAGGAGUGCCAAUCAAUCAUGGAGAGCUUCUUCAUGGAAAACCAGUACCCAGAUGAAGCAAAGCGAGAGGAAAUCGCCAACGCCUGUAACUCUGUCAUUCAGAAACCAGGCUGUAAGCUGUCUGAGUUUGAGCGCGUGACGGCAUUAAAGGUGUACAACUGGUUUGCCAACCGUCGGAAGGAGAUGAAGAGAAGAGCGAAUAUCGAAGCUGCCAUUUUGGAAAGCCAUGGAAUUGAGGUGCCAAGUCCAAGCUGCCACUCAAACGGUGAGGAUGGAGAGAUGCAGGAGUUUGCCGAUCAGGUGAAUCAUCGAUUCUCCGAGCAGGAGGAGACCUCUUCCCACAGGAUUGUUGACCAGCAAGACCCCUCCUCAUUGGCUCCUGCAGAGGUCGCAGCCCUGCCGAGCCUCGCCCCUCAGGUCCUGGAUCAGAAAGAGGAGGCUUCAAAAAGGGAGACAGUGGACGUAGAGUGACCCAUGCGGGUGGAGUUUGGAUCAUCAUAUUUGAAUUUGAAGUCCGUUGAAAUAGGAAAAACAAGAAGUGUCUCCUCCUCCACCCAUGCAGGGUCUUUGGCACCCAUAAAUCAAAGGGAGAACGGGUGCUGAAACUCGAUGAGGUGCCUCUGAUGGCAAGGAGGCCACUGUAUUUAUCAACAGUAAUCGUGCUUAUAUUAACAGCAAUAUACAGUAAAUAUAUAUAAAUAUAUAUAUCAAUAUAUAGUGCAUUCCAAGAUGGUAUUAAAAUGCCUAAACUCCUUAGAGGGAGAACUAUGUAAAGGAUACCUCGCUCAUUUUAAGCCUUUUUUUUCUUUGCUACAUGCCUUCUUAUUAGCCUUUUUCAAAGAGUGGUUGUGCUGAGCCUGCAGGUCAGGUGUGUUUGGGUGUGGGAGAUAAAGUACGCCCUCAAAGGAUCUAGUUUAUGGGGCACGCGAAAGCCCUCCGCUUGCUUGAAUGUCUUAGACCCCCGUCUGGUCUGCGAUAACCUCAAUCAGUCGAUUGAUUCGAUCGGUCGACGAGUGCUGUCGCUAUCAAAUCCGUAAAUAGCCCUGAGGGACAACUGGAAUCUCAGGUAAUCCCGAAAAAUGGUGGAUAAGGACAGUGAAGUCGUAGCGCAACGCUUUGUUUUUAUUUUUUUCCCCUUACCAUCUUUCAUUUCCUUUCCUCCUAACUGUGUUUAACCAAAAACAGGAUGUUAUUUAUACCUUUUUUAUAUUUGCAAAAACAAGCCUAGGAGAAUACAUAUAUCAUAGUAGAAGUCUUCUUUGUUAUACCGAAUGCUGCUGUUUGGUCAUUUUUGUAGUCUAAUCCUUAAUGUCUGUCAAAUCCUCAACUCAGCCAGUGAAGCUAGACUAGAUACAUGCGUCUACUCAGAUUCUUUUUUUUUUUUUUUUUUUACGUUUGAAGUAACGCUAAAACAAAUGUGAUGAACCCUGACCGCGUCAGCCGACACGCUGCGAGCACCUUCUCUCCCGUUGGAAUAAGCUAAAGCUUAAGCUCCUGUACGUUUGUAGCACCGCGAAGUGGAUCGCACUGUAAUUUGGAAGAGCGUUACCAGAAGCCGUACAUGCAUUUGACAUGUACAUGUCAUAGUGAUAGUGCUUUCCUAUCAAAUUACAUUAGCACUAAUAUACAAACUGUUAUUUGUCAGAUUUGAAUAGCUGACUUAAACUUCUUGCAUUACGUAGUCCCUGUAUUUACUGGCCCAAGGCCUUGGGAGUCACUCCCUUUUUAAAGUUCAUGAAAUGGACAAAGAGGCUUGUCCUCAAAUGUACCUCCCCCCCCACCCAGGCGGGGCGCUACCAUGUUACCUCCUUAUGCCAAAGCUAUGCCAAGGUAGAGAUGAGCUGCCCUGCUCACAGGAACAGGACACUAUAGAUAUACAGUUCAUAGAUGUUUAUUUGCUCAGUACAACACUAGCCAACUCUAGCUUACCUCAGAAUAUCUCGUGUCUGGUUACGGGCUAAUAACCUGUCAUAAAAGUGACAGCAGCCAUUAUUGUGACUGUUUAUGAUACGGACAGUGUUAUGUAGCAUUUAUGACAGUGGGGGUUUGCCCCGUAUUGGUAAUGUAUCCUCACCUCAGACCGUUGUCUCGUACGGCUUUGGACAGGAAACCCCAAAGCCGCACGCUGUUUCUGAUUAUUAUGCUCCUCUCUAUCCGCUUUUAUCUGACAGCGAGAAAACAAUAAUAAAAUUUUAAACAAUG